AUGGCCUCCCGCCAACGCAACCGACCACUAAUCUCAUUCGAAGCCCAACUGCAACAACUAACCCUAUUCACCGACCUAGACGCCGAAACCGAAAACCUAGAACAACUCGGACCUAUCAUUAAACAACUCGACCAGGCCCGACAACAAGAUGCCUUCCUUGGCCACCUCAAAUCUUUCGUCUCUGCUAAAGACUCGGAGAUUGAAGCAAUCUGUAACAACAAUCAUAGCGAAUUCGUUGCUGCUGUAGACAAGCUUCUCAAAGUCCGUUCUGGCACCGUUACACUAAAACAUCGGAUCGCAGAACUAAAUGAAGAUGUUCAGGCAGGCGGAAGCAGUUUAGGAAACAAGAAAAAGCAACUCUUGGAGACGCAGAGGACAGGAGCGAAUGUAGAAGAGGCGAUUGAAGCUAUGAGGCGCUCUUUAAGGGUAUUGGAUUUGGCGGGCAGAGUGGAGGCGCUGAUUGGCGAGAAGAAAUUCUUUGCAGCCUUAAGGAGUCUCGAGGAAUUGGAGGAGAGAUUGAGAGGAGUGAUGGCCUAUGAGUUUGCAAAACAUAUGAUGGAAGGCAUCCCCCAGAUGAGGAAUCAGGUCAAGAUGGGAGUUACCAAGGAGAUGAAAGAAUGGCUCUAUGAGGUGAGGGAAAAGUCUAGAACAGUUGGGCAGCUGGCCUUGGAAGCGAUGGAGAGUAGGCAGAAGAGAUGGAGGCUUAAAGCGCAAAAAGAUCCACUGUUGAGAUUGGCAAAGGUGAAUUCGGCAAUAGAAUUGGUCGUCAACGAAAGAACAGAGUACAAUUUUGUGGAUAAUGAAAAGGUCAAGGUGGAUUUUAGACCGUUGUACCAGUGUAUACAUAUUCAUGAUGCCUUGGAUGCAAGGGAGGAGCUGCAGGCGAGUUAUCAGGAUGAUAGGAGGGCGCAGGCGAAUUUGCUGCUUAACCAAGGAAUCUCGUUUACCAAUACCGCAGGUGGAGGCCGAGGUUUCCCGGCAUUGCUAGAAGAGAUGGUAGGAUUCUUUAUCGUCGAGCAUGACGUUAUAUCCACCACUCCCUCCUCUUUCCGCUCAGAGUCCGAGGUGGAUGAUUUAUGGGAAACCAUGUGUACCCGACUCGUCGAGCUCGUUUCCCUCUCGCUGCGGGAUUGUAAAGACACGCGAAUCUACGUGUCUGCUAAAACCUCGAUCCAACUUUUCAUCCAAACCCUCGAAACGCAUGGCUUCCCAGUAACAAAACUCAACGCACUUCUUCUCACCUUAUUCGAACGUUACGCACAUCUUCUACGAGACCGAUUCUCACAAGACUUCCAGAGGGCGAUGCAAGAUACUCAACAUCAACCCAUGGUUGUCUCCACGCCUGAAGAACUUAACAAAGUUCUCUGCGUAUGUUGGUUAAAAUCUGGCGAUGGGGAGAUGCUUCGAUCAUGCGCUUUCCCACUCUCUCUUCCCUUUUCUCAAACCUAUCCGCUGUGUUGUAUGGAUAUAAGGAACCUGGUGGAUCAGUAUUACAACUUUUCCGAAGGGGUCGGGGGUUACAGGGAGAUAGAUGAGAUCCUCAAACAGACGUUGGAUCAUCUUUUGAUCCAUCAGGUGAGCAACGGGAUAAGGAAGAGUUUGGAUGAUACGAAAGGGAAUAGUUUGGCUCAGAUAAGUCAGAUUGUGGUUAAUGCUGAACAUUUCAAUCUUGCUUGUGAGCAGUUGGAAAAACUGUUGGUGGCAUUGAGGGCUCCGAGUGGCAGAGGCGGUGGGGGCAAGUUGGAGCUGGGAGCGAGUAAGCAUUUUGUGGAAACAUUGAGGAUUGCUGAGGUCAAGAUUGCGGAUGCUUUCCGAGGCAAGUUGGAUCAAUUCCUGGGCUUGGCCGAGUAUGAUUUCAGUCCAAAUACAGCGAGCGGAGGAGGAGGGGGACAUUCGCCAUGGUUACAAGAUACGCUCGAUUGGUUGACGACAAUGAUGCAGUCGGUUCUGAUUCUUCUUCCUGCUUCGGUGAAAGAGUCGGUCUAUGCAAGCGCAUACACCCAUCUUGCGGUCUCUCUUUUUGAUCGUCACUUGACUGGUCCCGAGUCUCCGGCUUGUGUCAACACUGCAGGUCUCGCCACUCUCUGCCACGACGUUCACUUCUUAGCACAGCAAGCCAAGCAGGAUGGGGUGCAGGUGGAAGCGCUGGUAAAGUUCGAAGGUGUUCGACAGACUUUGAGAUGCGUAUUGGAGGAUAAAGUGAUGGAUUGGGUAAUGGCUCUUCAGUCUGGUAAAGGCGGCAAGGGUGAAUGGGCGAGUGUGGAGGCAAAGAGGCUGCUUGGCCUAUUGGAGAAGUUAGGCAAAUGGGGUAGUAGGAUAGGAGACGAGGCCGAGAUGGCAAAGAGGGCAAGGGAAAGAGACGCUGCGGUACGGCUUAUGAAUUCAAAUGCUGCCUUCCGGAGGUAG